CCACUACCACCACAACCCUAUAACACUCACAAAUAAAAGCUCUACCUUUGAGUUUGUGUUUUGUUCUCAAUCAAUAGCUUUGCAAGCAACUUUGGCUUCAAAACUUGGUUGGAAAGAAGAAGGACAUCAAAGAGGAGAAGAAGAUGGAAGGCGGUAGGGCGGGUUUUGUCGACGACAUCGAUAACCUAAAGGCGACCGAGCUGAGGCUCGGAUUGCCGGGCACUGACGAUGACGACGACAACGACAAGAUGGAGAAAACGAAGUUGACGGUCGUCGCGAAGAGUAAUAAGCGCUCCCUCCCGGAGGCCGAUGAGGCCGAGUGUCAAGCUGAGGACAGGUCGGAGAUCGACACGAAAAGCACUGCACCAGCAUCUAAGGCACAAGUAGUUGGAUGGCCACCCAUAAGAUCUUACAGGAAGAACAGCUUCCAAGCCAUGAAGAGCAAUAGUAAAGAGGCAGAGGGGAAUGGGAUGUAUGUGAAAGUUAGCAUGGAUGGGGCUCCUUACUUGAGAAAGAUUGAUCUCAAGGUGUACAAGGGUUACAAAGAGCUUAGAGAGGCUUUAGAGGUCAUGUUCAAGUGCUUCUCUCAUGGGAUGGAUGGGUGCAACAACAAUGAGUUUGCUAUUGCCUAUGAGGACAAAGAUGGGGACUUGAUGUUGGCUGGUGAUGUACCAUGGGAGAUGUUCAUCAACUCUUGUAAGAGGCUGAGGAUAAUGAAAGGGCAUGAAGCAAGAGGCUUGGGAUCAAGCCCAUGAAAAGGAGCAGCUUCUCCUAUGUACAAAAAGAGAGAAAAGGAGAGAGGAUACAAAAAAAUUUUAAAAAAAGGGAUGGGUUCCAUGUGAUCAUGAGAAUUGGGUUCCUUUGUUUGCUUGGAUAAAUUAAUUCUCGAAGUUCAUAGAGUCACUGUGAGAAGAGACAAUACUGUUCUCUUAAAAGAACCAUCUCUGAUUUCUCCAAAAAAAAAAGAGAGGAGGAGCAAGAGAAAUUAAGGGGAAGUUGAUGCAACAAGCUAGAUGAUAAAUAUAUUUCCUUGGUGUUUAUGCUAUGUAUUUAGUCCAAGCUAUGUGAAAAUUGCACAGAAAGAGAGAAGGAGAACAUGUUUCCCAUGCAUGUAACUGUACAAAUGAUCUAUGAUCCCUUGUUUGUUUCA